AUGUCUGCUACGGUGUCUGGUGAUACUUGUAGAAAAAAGUCUGUUGGGUUCACUAUAGACUCCAUUAUAGGUAAACAAAAUGACAGGUGCGAAAAUGGCCGGACAUUGUCCGGGCGACCAACCGACCAUUCCAAAGACAAAGUUCAACAUACAUUAGAAGAAAAACAGUCAUCUAGUUAUAGAGAAAAACAAGAGGGUGUGUUCAGUCCACGACACCGGCUAGAGGAGGAUGUCCGUUCAUCCGGAGAAAGUGAAUUUAGUAGGGAAACGUCCGUUCAUUCGUAUCAUAUAGCGGACAAACAUUCGUUACAUCAUCCAAGCAUGGACAGUUUAAAGCAUCUUCAUGAUGUGUUGGCACAGACCUCGGGGGCUACGGGAACAUACUUCCAUCCCCGGAUGUGUCGCCACCCAUUAUCCCCGCUCAACAUCCACUCUGUGUACCCUCACAGCCCACAAGGUGGGCCUCUUCAUCCUCUCGUUAUCAAUCCGGCCUCCAGGGACGUCCGAAGUCUCCAGCCAUGGAUGUCGGAGCGUUACUCCAACUAUUUCUACCCUAGGUACCCAGUAACAGCAUCUCCGGGUUUCCUUUUCCAACCCUACCGAAAACCGAAGAGAAUCCGGACUGCAUUUUCUCCUGCUCAGCUUCUGCAACUAGAAAAGUCAUUCGAGAAAAGUCAUUAUGUGGUGGGCCAAGAGCGAAAGGACUUAGCGGGUGAACUACAGCUGACAGAGACACAGGUUAAAGUAUGGUUCCAAAACCGCCGGACGAAACACAAACGAACAAAGGCGGAAGAAGGCGAUGGAAAAGAUAACAGUGAUUUUGGCGGAAACGGAAAUAGAUGUUCUUCACCUGAUAUGAGUAGUGACGUAAGUGACGAUAUGGACUUGGACGUUUCUGAUGACGAAAUGCGCAUGAUACCAGGUCGUCACCAUAUGGAAAGUUUCUCAUAG